AUGCAAGUUGCAAAUUUGAAAGGCAUGAGUGUUUGGUUUGAAGGGACGUACAACAAAGAUUGCACUGGUAAUAAUGGAUUGAAAUCUUUCGUUCCCAAAGUGGUGGCACAACUUACUGUAAACUUGAAACGCAUUCAUCGGUUGGGAGCGAAAAAGAUAGCCGUGACAGCUCUACCGCCUUCAGGAUGUCUCCCUCGGAGCACGGCCACAUCCUCGUUCCAACAAUGCAAUGAAACCGAAAACUCACUCGCGAAUUACCACAACCUCUUGUUGAAACAGGCCGUGGCUAAGUUGAAUAAUGAAACCAACGAUUCUGCCUUCGUCAUUGUUGAUCUCUAUGCCUCAUUCAUGUCCGUAAUCCAGAACAAAGGGGAAAAGGAAGGAAGUAUAAAGUUUGAGAACCCAUUGAAGCCAUGUUGCUUUGGGAUAAGCAGCAAUUAUAGCUGUGGGAAUGUAGAUGAGAGUGGAGCCAAAAAAUAUACACUCUGUGAGGACAAAGAAUCAGCAUUCUUCUGGGACAAUGUUCACCCUACGCAGGAGGGAUGGCUUGCUGUGUAUGCAGCUCUGCAAGCCACUCUCGAACAACUUUUCUAA